GUUCAAUUCGUUCGACGUUCUUGCCGCCGGACCUCCAUAGCUCCAAUGAAACAACAUUCCCGUAUCCUGCUAUCAACCAUCAUAUCAUUGCUCUGCCUCGUCGGUGCAUCAUGGGGUGCAACGGAGGCCGAGAUUCUCAUCAAGUUCAAGAACUCCAUGUCCAGUGUCGCUUCCCUUAACGGUUGGGAUGAAUCUGUCAGUCCUUUCAAUGGCAACAGUUCAAACUUGACCGGAUUGUGUUGCACCCAACCAACUUUCGGCAGAAGAAUAUCACCUUGCAAACCCGGAAGCGCAAAGCUUCACUUCGGUCGGAAUGGUAGGGAGAGUUUCGAGUUGCCGGACCUCCUCCGUGCCUCGGCUGAGGUGCUCGGCAGUGGCGGAUUUGGGUCGUCGUACAAGACCUUGCUUCUGGGUGGGCACGCCAUUGUUGUCAAGAGGUUGCAGAGAAUGAAUAUUGUCGGAAAGGAAGAGUUCCGGGAGCAUAUGAGGAGGCUCGGGCAGCUGUCGCAUCCGAAUUUACUUCUCCUCGUCCCGUUCAAACAUAAGAAGGAAGAGAAGCUUUUGGUGUCUGAUUAUGCUCAGAACGGAAGCUUGGCGAGUCACCGUCACGGUCGGCGAACUCCGGAAAAACCGGGCCUUGACUGGCCGACUCGAUUGAGGAUUAUUAAAGGUGUCGCAAGGGGGCUUGCUUACCUCUACCAAGAGCUUCCCAAAACCCUAGCCCUACCCCACGGUCAUCUGAAAUCCUCGAACGUAGUUCUCGACGGUGAAUUUGAACCCCUCCUAACGGAUUACGCUUUGGUCCCCGUUGUCAACAGAGAUCACGCCCAACAGUUCAUGGUGGCAUUCAAGUCCCCUGAAUUCACCCAAUACGAUCGGACCACCAGGAAGACUGAUGUGUGGAGCCUUGGAAUCCUGAUCCUCGAGCUCCUCACAGGGAAGUUUCCGGCGAACUAUCUGAUACAAGGAAAGGCUGUUCCGGCGAACUAUCUGAUACAAGGAAGGGUGUUAACGCAGAUUUGUCGACAUGGGUAAACUCGGUUGUGAGGGAAGAGUGGAAAGGGGAAGUGUUUGACAAGGAUAUGAGGGGAGGAAAGAGAGGCGAAGGUGAGAUGCUGAAGUUAUUGAAGAUUGGGAUGUGUUGCUGUGAAUGGAAUAUGAAGAAGAGGUGGGAACUGCAAAUGGCGGUGGAGAAAAUUGAAGAGUUGAAGGAGAGUGAAGUACUGAUAGCAUUGAAGAUUACUCAGUAUGUGACCGAAGCCGCGUUUUACUCAUCCAUGGCAAUAACAGAAGAUGAAUUUUCCUUCUCAGUAAAUGGUUGAGCUGAUCCAGCCUGAGCCUGCACUCAAGAAACUUGAACAGAAGCAAUGGAGAUUGAUGGGUUGAGGUAGGCAGGUUAGCCAGCAAAUGGGAGGUGAUUUAACUAAGAGAAUCCAAUUCCUAGAAAAUGGCAUAUGCCACAACAUGCAUGAGUCUUGAUGCGUGACGUUAUGAUCCAAGUCCUUAUCUAACUUCCAAUUUGUAUCUUCCUGGAAUUUGUCCAUCAUCUCCAACUCUAAGGUACCGCUGCCUUUUGUUUUUAUCUUCUGCUUUCUGCUGUAAAUGUUUGCUGUUUCUUCAUAGUCAAGGUGAUCUUAAAUCAUAAAAAGCUGGUGGGUUAAUCUGGAUUCAGAUUCUGAUGAUUUGGUAUCAGAUUCAUCUCAACAGGCAAGUGCUACUAUAAUGUUUUAGAAGUCAAAUUAUUCUUCUUCUCCUACACUUGAUGGAUCAUCCUCAUCCUUCCU